GAGGUAGAUGGAGGGGAAACUGAAGCCGAGAGAGCCUGGUGCCCACUUGACGGGGGAAACAGAGCUGCUCAGAUUCCCAGAAUCCCUUGGGGGGGGGGAACCUCUCUUUCUAGUGCCUGCGGUGGGCAGUGCGGGGAUAGUGAGGACACAUUGCUCAGCGAUGCUCCACCUGCACCCACGGUCACACACCCCUGCACAGGCCACACAAGCCCCUCUCUGCACUCAGGCCCCCUCCCUGUUCCCACCCAUGGGGGGGGGGGGUGCCAGGAACCAUGUGUUUCCCUCCCGUGGGGCAGCUGCUUGGCCAAUGCCCCUCCUACUCCGAACCCUGUGUGACUGUGCACACCCCUGGUCACUCAGUCCAGGGCACACCUGCCACCCCACCCCGCGAAGGCCUCCAUGUUAAACCCCCGGUUCUGAGGCAGCAGAAGGGGUCCCGGCCGCGGAUGCUCUGAGGUUGGGGUGUGGGGCAGGGGCGGAUCAGAAAGCAGCUACAGUGGAGGGGGUACAGCCAUCUGGGGUGGUCAGUGAGCCAGUUCUGGAUGCAGGUCUCUGCCCUCCUCUCCGCAGAACUGCUCCCUGGAGGGGAUGCGGGGAGAUUGAUUGAUAGAUGGCGGCGGCCGAGGCGGUGCAUCACAUCCACCUGCAGAACUUCUCCCGCUCGCUGCUCGAGACCCUCAACGGCCAGCGGCUGGGCGGGCACUUCUGCGACGUGACCGUGCGCAUCCGCGAGGCCUCGCUGCGCGCGCACCGCUGCGUGCUGGCCGCCGGCUCGCCCUUCUUCCAGGACAAGCUGCUGCUCGGCCACUCGGAGAUCCGCGUGCCGCCCGUGGUGCCCGCGCAGACGGUGCGCCAGCUCGUCGAGUUCCUCUACAGCGGCUCGCUGGUCGUGGCGCAGGGCGAGGCGCUGCAGGUGCUCACGGCCGCGUCCGUGCUGCGCAUCCAGACGGUCAUCGACGAGUGCACGCAGAUCAUCGCCCGGGCUCGCGCGCCGGCCCCCGCCGCGGGCGCCCCCGCGCCCCUGCCCCUGCCCCUGCCCACGCCUGUGCCCCCGCCGCUCGCGCCCGCGCAGCUGCGCCACCGCCUGCGCCACCUGCUGGCCGCGCGCCCCCUGGGCCUCCCCGGGGCGGCGCACACCCGCAAGCAGCGCCAACCCGCGCGCCUGCAGCUGCCCGCGCCCCCAGCGCCCGCCAAAGCCGAGGGGUCGGUCGCUGACCCCGCCCUGCCUGCCGCCCCAGAGGAGGGCGGGGACGAGGAGGAGGAGGAGGACACCGAGGACGAGACGGACGGCGAGGACGGCGAAGGCGGGGGCCCGGGCGAGGGCCAGGCGCCCCCUCCCUUCCCCGACUGCGCCGCCGGCUUCCUCGCCGCGGACAGCGCGCGCGAGGAGCCGCCUGCGCCCGCCGGCCUCUCCGACUACGGCGCCGGGAGGGACUUCCUCCGGGCGCCCCCGGGGGGCGAGGACGUGUUCCCGGAUAGCUACGUGUCCGCGUGGCCAGAGGAAGACGCCCCCGCGGCGGAAGGCUGUCCCCCCGAGGCCCCCGCCCCGCCGGACUGCGUCCUGUCCGGGCCCCGCCAGCCCGCCGUGAAGACCCCGGCGCCCCCCGUGGUCCUUUUCCCCUUUCACCUGGGCGCUCCCGGGCCCCCCGCGCAGCCCCCGCCAGCACCCUCCGAGCCGGCCCCUGCGCCCCCGACCGCCUUCUAUCCGGCGCUCCAGCCCGAGGCGGCCCCCAGCGUGACUCUGGGGGAGGCCCUGGCCCCGCCCGCCGCCCCCGCCCCCGCCGCCGCGCGCCCCGCGGGCUCUGAGCCGCCCGCCUACGAGUGCAGCCACUGCCGCAAGACCUUCAGCUCGCGGAAGAACUACACCAAGCACAUGUUCAUCCACUCGGGGGAGAAGCCGCACCAGUGCGCCGUGUGCUGGCGCUCCUUCUCGCUGCGCGACUACCUGCUCAAGCACAUGGUCACGCACACGGGCGUGCGCGCCUUCCAGUGCGCCGUCUGCGCCAAGCGCUUCACGCAGAAGAGCUCCCUCAACGUGCACAUGCGCACCCACCGGCCGGAGCGCGCGCCCUGCCCCGCCUGCGGCAAGGUCUUCUCGCACCGCGCGCUGCUGGAGCGCCACCUGGCGGCGCACCCCGCGCCCUGACCCCGGCCGCGCCCGUGCGGGGUUUUGACCACGUCCACUGCCGGGCUCCUAACCUUCCUGCCGGGCCGGUCAGACCAGCAGGUACCUUGACCACAGCCGGCCACAGUGUCCCCUGAGCACAGGCCCUACCCCUGCUCCACCCUCAUCCCCACUGACCAGGGGCCCAGCGCGCCUGACUCCUCCCACACUCGGACCCUUCCAAGUGGUGGCUGGUGGGGGAUCCGACUGCCUCAGAACUGGAUCGUCAGGCUUGGGGUGGGGCCCAGGAUUCGUGCUCCAACUCGCCCAAGUGGGGUGGGGUUCAGAGCUGCUUCCCUACUCCAGCUUCAGACGGGGAGAUCCGGGGUGCACUCCCUCACCUGGCACCUAAGGGCGCUCGGAUGGACCCAUUGUGGACCAAUACAGGACUGCUGCCGGGCCAAACCCAGGAGCUGUGAGCUCCCGGACUGGGGUUUCUCGCUCUCACUGGGGAAAUACAGAACAGUCCA